AUGAGCUUAGCGCUUAACUUCCGCAGCUGCUGCUUAAGUUUUACCCGGCUUCCCACGUUGCGCGCCAACGCCGUGCAUCUCAGCUGUCAUCCCCGCCGGACCGUCGUCGCAGUUACUCGUUCGGGUCUCAUCCGACCUGCAGGAGCCACAGCUCUCCACCGCGCAGCACCUCUCCAGGGAUUGCCAGCCGUCCGCCGACUCCCUUCAGUUCGCAAGCCUCCAGCUGCUCACCACUCACCAGUCGAUAAUCACCAGCUAGCCGUCAACAAACGGCUAACCGGCAGCCAGCUGCCAGCUACCAUGAAGUCAGGUCGGGGAGGUAGCGGUGCCAAGAAGCCUGGCGUUACCGCUGCUGCUGACGGUCGCGGUCAACGGUCCAUUGCCUCGUUCUUCGGAGGCAAGGACCCAUCAGGACCUGCGGGGAAGGCUUUACCUGGGGGCGGCCAGAGGUCCAUCUCCUCGUUUUUCGGUGCAAAAGGGAAGGCUGCUGCUGCUGCUGAGGGUGCUGCGGGUAAAUCUGAUGUCGAGGGAUCGAAUCCUAGUGCGGUGGAUAAAGCAAGCGAGGAGUUGAAGGGAACGGCAUUGAGGAAAAACGAUCCUCGAGCAGCAGCAGCAGAGGCUCCAGUACCCACACAGACUGGUAAAGGGGCUGUUGAAAACGGGGAUGGAGCAGUGGCAUCUGCAGGGAAAGAAGACACCCGCGCUGAGCAGACAGUGGCGGAGGAAGCUUGGGGGGAAGAGAUGGCGGAGGCGGAAGCAGUAGGGGGAAGGGAAGGCGGAGGGGGAAGCGCAGGGGGAGGAGCAGGGGAAGCAGUGACUGGCGGAGCUGGCGCGAGGCGGUUGAAGCGGCUUAGGAAGGUUGGGGAGGGGGCGCGGGGAGCGGGGAAGGGGAGAGGGGAAGGGGCAGGUGAAGGAGAAGAGAUUGUGGCGGUGGGUGGAGGGACAGGGGAGGUGGGAGAAGGUGCAAAGAAGGCAAGGCAUGAGACGGGGAGUAUCGGGGUUGAAGGAGGCAAUAAGGGGAAGGAAUCCGCUGCUGCAGCUGCCGCCGCCACCGUCGCUGCUGCUGCUGCUGCUGCUGCUGCCAAAGCUUCUGCGUCUGCUGUCGCUGCUGCUGCUGCUGCUGCGGCUGGUAAAGGGGCUUCCACUCCUGCCGUCACACCAAAUGACGUGGACAGUGCCAGCAGUGACCUGGCAGAGCCACCUGUGGACGCAGCCGCAGGAGCGGAGGAAGCAAAAUCCGCCUUUGACGCCCUAAAGCAAGGAAAGAGCCGCACAGAAACGAAAACCAAGAGGAAAACCAGGGGGAAAGGGGCGGGGGCAGGAGGGGCAGGAGGAGGAGCAGGCGAUGGGUUGGUGGCGCUGGCAGCGAAGCUGGUGCAGUAUGAUCCGGUGGCAGCUGCCACGUGGAAGAGCGGCGAAAGAGUUCCUUUCCUCUACCUCGCCCAGGCGCUUGACAGAAUAUCCAACGAAUCUGGACGGCUGGCGAUCACGGAGAUCAUGUGCAACGUGUUCCGCACAGUCAUGGCCACGUCACCAGACGACCUGCUGCCCAUCGUGUACCUGGCGGCCAAUCGCGUCGCGCCACCUCACGAGGGCGUGGAGCUGGGGAUCGGCGAUGCGACUAUCAUCCGCGCUCUGGCUGAGGCGACCGGGAGGAAGGAGGCAGUGGUUAAGUCGGAGUAUAAGGAGUGUGGCGACCUGGGGCUGGUGGCGAAGGCCAGCCGCACCACGCAGCGCAUGAUGAUGCAGCCGGCGCCACUCACGUGCCACAAGGUCUUUGAAGCCUUCCGAUUCAUCGCCAAGGAGUCAGGCAGUCAGAGUGUGGAGAAGAAGCGGGCGCGGAUAAAGCAGCUGCUAGUGUCGGCGCGGCAGCAGGAGCCGCAGUUCAUAGUGCGCCUGCUGCAGGGCAAGAUGCGCAUCGGCCUCGCAGAACAGACGGUGCUCGCCGCCCUGGCUCAGGCUGCUGUCAUGCACGAGGACUUCCGAGAGGGCACCGGUGUUGCUGCUGGUGAUGCUGCCGCUGCUGCUGCUGGUGCUGCUGGUGCUGGUGGUGGUGGUGCGGGUGGUGACGAUAAGGAUGGGGGCAAUAAGGAGGGUGGGGAUGGGGCUGCUGCGGCAGUUGGGAGAGGAGGGGAUGGGGGGACGGAGGGAGAGGUUGAGGAAAAAGGGCCGGGGAAGGAGAGUCAAGGAGGAAAGGUGCUUUCAAAGAGGGAAAAACUGGCUCGACUGCCGGGAAGACUAGAAGAGGCAGUGCGCAUCAUGAAGCAUGCGUACUCAGUCCUCCCAGUUUACGACCAAGUUGUUCCAUCCCUAUUAAGAGACGGCAUAUGGGCCGUUCCCGAGGCGUGUCAGUUCACCUUGGGAGUGCCGGUGGGGCCCAUGCUGGCGAAGCCCACACGGGGGAUAUCGGAGAUUCUGGACAAGUUGCAGGGGCUCACGUUCACGUGCGAGUAUAAGUACGACGGGGAGCGCACACAGGUGAGUGAACGAGAGACACGAGGACGGACGGUGCGUUUAGGCGCGUGGGAUUCUAGUAAAGAUGUGAAGAGGGGGCUCCAGGGGCGUAUUGGAGAUAUUGGACUAGCUGCAGGCGCUUACGUUCACAUGCGAGUUGGAGUACGAUGGAGUGAGAACACAGGUGAUCACGUCUCAAACCCCUCUUCUCCCCCGUUUCCCCUCUCCCUUACUGGCAUGCGCAAGAAGGUUUACGUGAAGACCUUUGUGCUGGAUGUAGAGGCAGUGGUGUACGACAGGGAGAGCGACAGGGUGGCUGUGGCGUACGGCAGGGAGUCGCAGCACAAGAAGGCCCAUGUGCACAAGUUUGUGCUGGGUGCAGAGGUAGUGGCAUACAACAGGGAUAGCCCAACGUUUGUAUUGGAUGCAGAAGCAGUGGCGUACGACAGGGAGAGCGACAAGAUUCUGCCCUUCCAGGUGCUCAGCACGCGGGCGCGGAAGGGCGUCAUCAUGAGCGACAUUAAAGUGCAGGUGUGCAUGUUUGCCUUCGAUCUGCUCUACCUCAACGGCCAGCAGCUGCUCACAGAGAAGCUCGUGCGGCGGAGAGAGGUGAGGCACGCCAGAGAGCUGCUGCUGGAGUCGUUUGAGGCGGCCAAGGGCGAGUUCCAGUUCGCGACGGCCAUCACGACCAGCAAGGAGGAGGAGCUGCAGGCGUUCUUUGACGACGCUGUCAACCACAGCUGCGAGGGCGCCAUGGUGAAGACACUGGACGUGGAUGCCACAUACGAGCCGGCCAAGAGGAGCAACAACUGGCUCAAGCUCAAGAAGGACUACAUGGAAGGGUGCGGUGGGGAUGGGUCGUGUCCGGCCAAGAGGAGCAACGACUGGCUCGAGCACAAGAAGGACUUCAUGGAAGGGGGGGACGGGGCAGGGCAGGAAGCAAAGGACGGUUGGGGUGGGUCUUCCAGUGCUGAUGAUGAGGAUGCGUGUAGCUCAAGAAAGGACUACGUGGAAGGGCUGGGCGACUCCUUGGACCUUGUGCUCAUCAGGGCGCUGGGCGACUCCUUGGACCUUGUGCCCAUCGGGGCGUUCCACGGCCGUGGCAAGCGAACAGGUGUCUUCGGGGCGUUCCUCCUGGCGUGCUACGACCCCGACACAGAGGAGUACCAGUCCAUCUGCAAGAUCGGCACCGGCUUCUCCGAAGCAGCGCUGGAGGAGCGAUCCGCAUCGCUGCGCAAGCGAGUCAUUGACAAGCCGCCUGUGAGUGCCCUGCCCUACUACCGCUACGGGGAGACGCUAGGAGUCGAAGUGUGGUUCGAGCCGUCAGAGGUGUGGGAGGUGCGGGCGGCGGAUUUGUCCAUCAGUCCCGUGCACCGGGCAGCAGCUGGGCACGUGAAUGAGACGAAAGGGAUCGCUCUGCGCUUCCCCCGGUUCCUGAGGCUGCGAGAUGAUAAGAGCGCGGAGCAGGCCACUUCCAGUGAACAGGUGAGCAGUGGGGGGAAAGGGGGGAGGGGGGGGCAGGGAGAGAGUGAGCACAAGGGGAGGGAAGCAGAGGGGUUGGAGAGUGGGAAUGAGUGA